GUAUUGUCCACAAUUGAUUUGUGGAUCCACGGUGCCAACAUACUUAUAAAACGCAGACUUCUGAGUCGGUCUCUGUCCGACACCUUGCUAGGAGUCACGCCUUCAAGUCAGUCAAAGAGUGUAUGCUACAUAUUUUCGCCUCUCUAUCACGAACAUGCCCUCUAUUUUUUCGAAACUGUCUGAAGCUUUAAAGACUGCGACUCCGCAGCAGACUGGACGUCCCAAGAAACGACGACCCUUCAAAAUCGCCCGACCACCCCUGGCGCAUAACAUUCAGUGCUACGGAUAUGCAGUCUCUUCUGAAUGGCUCGUCCGGUUCGCGGAGCAACACUGCCCAGAGGAUCUACCAGAUCGCGAUCACACAGACUAUGAAGACAUUGGCACGACGCGAGCCUAUGAACUCCUUGCAUCUUUGUCGGGCAUCUAUUACUUGGACUACAGAAAUUGUUUGAAUCCCCCGCCGGGAAGCGUCAUCCCUCCAGAGUGGAUCGGUGUGUUCCGCGGUAAAUACGACGAUGCACCCGACGAAGUACUGGAUGCCAUUCAGAUUGACACUGUUCAGGUGUUUUAUGUGUGCUCGGAUAGAGGAGAUUUUGAAAUGCGUCCUACGCAGAAACAGCUCAACACCUUGACCAAGUUGAUUGGGCAUCCACCGCAAUGGUGGGUGGCUUAUGGGCCUGGACCCUGGUAGGGGUUUCUGGAACGCCCUCUAUCCCUCUCAUCGUGUACUCUACCCUAUAUCCAUCACGGUUUCCAAUCAUAUGCGAUGUAAAUACAUCUUAUAAGAUUUCACCUAGUUCAUAGCGAAGUUGGGCAAGCUGAAUAUGUGUAUAUGUAUGGACUAGACCUGAUGUAGCGUCUAACAUAGGGUGUAUAAGUACUCUCAUGUAUAGAAUAUUAAUAUUAGAAGUUUAGAACGGUCAGGCUCUUGGGCACUGCGCAGUAAUUGCUAGCAACGUCGACCGAAAGUACCUUGAAGGACAGUGAACAUUGCAGAGCCCCUCGGGUAAAAUUAAUCUAUGAUUUUAUGGAAAAAUCAAGAUCAUCAAGUCAGGGGGACACAUCUUGGCA